AUGGACACCGCCCCGUCGCUCGCCGCCGACCUCUGGCGGCCGGUCCACCGCGAGGCGUCCUCCGUCCUCACCGACCGGAGCAAUGGCGGCCGCGGCGUCGGCCGCAGGAAGUCCCGCAGCGACGCGGAUGCGCACGAGGAGGAGCCGUACAAGCUCGUCUCCACCUCCGGCGACGGAGCCAGCCAGGAACUGGCUCGUCCAGAAGCAAAACGUUUGAAGAAGGUCAAGUCUACUGAAGACGACGACGCUCAAGCUGAUUCAGGAAAUGCUAGCAAGGCUGUUCAUGAAAAUCCUAAACCGCCAGAGCCGCCAAAACAGGACUAUAUCCAUGUGAGGGCACGGAGAGGUCAAGCAACUGACAGCCAUAGCCUUGCGGAAAGGGCACGGCGAGAGAAGAUAAGUGAACGCAUGAAAAUGCUCCAAGAUCUUGUCCCUGGAUGCAAUAAGGUUGUCGGGAAAGCAUCAGUUCUUGACGAGAUAAUAAAUUACGUCCAGGCUUUACAACGUCAAGUAGAGUUUUUGUCGAUGAAGCUUGAAGCAGUAAAUGCUCAGGUGAAUAACAGAGUUGCGUCUGAAUCGAAAGAUCCAUAUGGUGCUCAGCCAUAUCAUACAACUCUUGGUUUGACAUUAGAUCCACAAACGCCAAGGGAAUACGCCCAGGCCUCAACAUCAGCGUGGCUUCACAUGCAGGUUGGCAGCACAUAUGAAAGAGUGACAUGAAUAAACACGGGAUUCCAUUUGACAAGAUUCCAUUUGGUGGCCAAUAAAGUGUGCCAGGAUCAAUCAAAUCCAUGGUCUUAGGUUUGUUUCUCCAUGUUACCUCACGGCUGAUGUAUUAUGGUUAAUUGCAUAAGGACUGAAAGAUCACUGACUGUUCAAAAUACCCGUUUUUUUUUCCUGAUUCUCGUGGGAAUUUAAGUUGAACUGUUAAAUGCAAUAUCCCAAUGUUCCGAA